AUGUCCAACAUUUCCGACAUGACGCACACCAACGCCUGCAUCAAUGAAAAAGGAAUUUUGCAGGAGCGAUCGCGUUCCUAUACUGCCUGUCAUGCUCUUACCCUUCUAGACCUUCCAUUCGAUGACCAUGAGAGCAUUAUCCUUACUUCUUGGGUCUGUGUACUCCAUGGUUACUAUAAUACGGCUAGGACCGGCUGGGGGAAAGUUCUUAAUACCAAGGACGGGACGAGGACGGUGUCGUAUACAUCCUUCAACCCUGACACGUCCAAAUCGAUUCAUGAAACACAAUCAACCAUCCUCAAAUUGAAUGCCGAUUUGCCAUGCGUGGAGAUACAAGACAUUCGCGAUGAGUUCUUGGUGGUCUUCUUGCCCUCUGUCGAAUGCGAUCCCGUGGAUCAAGGUUCAAAUAUCAUUUCUCAGUUGGUGGAUUUAGUCAAGCCUACCCUGACGUUGACGGUCCGAUUUUCAGGGGAGUGUGUUAGCAUGAAUAUCUGCUCUCAUGCAGAGAGACCCCCCGAAUUCCGAUUAUGUGGCAUUCUUGAUAGCUUGGAAAAGGCCGCAUACAGCUUGGUCCACAAUUACUCCCAAGUGCUUUCAAGCGUUGACAUCGUCUCCAAGUACGACAUGGAUCGGCUGAAACAGUGGGUGGUCAAACCUGCCUUUGCGAGGCCGAACACGAUUCACCGGCUCAUCAACGAUCAUUACCUAGCACGUCCACAUGUGACAGCUAUUUCAACCACAUCUAAGGAUGUAUCCUACGAAGAGCUAGGCAAGAAAUCAGCCCUAGUCGCCGAAAGACUAUGUAAGAAGGGCGUUCGUCCUGGGACCAACGUUGGGUUUCGUAUGGACAAGUCUGCAGCCGCAAUAAUUAUCAUAAUUGGAAUCCUCCGUGCUGGUGCUGCCUAUGUUCCCAUCGAUCAAAACUGGCCAAGAGACCGAACGACCAAUGUCAUUCAAAAAGCGCACAUCAGCUAUAUAGUGGACGAUGACAGUCAAAUGGAACGAAUCAAGGGCGUUCAAGUCCUCGCGGCCAACGCCCUGCUAGAGGGGGAAGCCCCGGAAGACUGGAGCUCGGAGAUCAGCGACAAUCCUAACGCAUCCGCGUAUAUUAUGUUUACCUCGGGGAGUACGGGGACACCCAAGGGAGCAGUUCAUGCGCAGGCAGGAGUGGCCGGAGGUCUCCUUGAAGUGGCCGACUCGUUCGGAUUGGGGGCUGCAACCCGAUUUCUGCAAUAUGCAUCCUUCACGUUCGAUGCCAGCAUCUGCGAGAUAUUCGCGCCCCUUGUGGUGGGAGGCACAGUAUGCGUGCCCUCGCCGGAAGAGCGAGUGGAGGACAUAGGAUCUGUGAUACACCAGCUGAGAGUCACUGAUGCCAGUUUGACGCCCGUGGUUGUUCGUCAACUGGACUCCGGUAAAGUACCCUCUCUUAAGAGUCUUUAUAUUGGUGGUGAGGCCCCGAGUUCUGAAAUCGUCGAUGUUUGGUCAGACCGUGUGCGUCUUUGCAAUGUAUAUGGCACAACCGAGACCGGGGUUUGGGAUACAAUCAAACUGGGCAUGAGGAAAGGGGACAACCCCAAAAACGUCGGCAGAGGAAUUGGGGCUACAUGCUGGAUUGUCGACCCUUCCAAUGUCCUGAAACCACAGCCGAUUGGCGUGGAAGGCGAGGUAGUCAUACAAGGUCCUUACAUUGGACAAGGCUACCUGGAUAGCAACGAAAAGACUGCCUCUUCGUUCAUGUCACCCCCGUCUUGGAUUCAGAAUCUUUCUGGAAAUUCAAAGGAUCGGAUAUACUGCACGGGAGACUUGGCCAAGUACGACCACGAUGGAACCAUUCUCUUCCGCGGGAGAAAGAGCGGUUUUGUCAAGAUCCGCGGUCUACGAAUUGAACUCGGGGAGAUCGAGUCGUCUUUGAAUACCCUUCCCCCGACGGCAAAAUCGGCUGUAAUUGCCGCGCAGCCGGACGGAAAUGGAAACGAUGCAGAAAUUGCUGCAUUCAUGGAAGUGCAGGCUGAUGUUGGCACCUCGCUUGCAGACUAUGUUCGGGGCGAGCUAUCGAACAAGCUGCCCUGUUACAUGAUUCCAACAAUCGCCAUUCCGAUAGAUAAAAUGCCCCUGACCGAAUCCAAGAAGAUUAACCGGCAGGACCUCCAUCGUCGGCUUCGUGAUAUGACGGCCUCUGAAUUGAUCUCAUUCCGUCCGGGAGGAUCAGCCGCAAGGGAAUCCAAGAAAAUUGAUCCUAUGCGAAGUUUAUCCAUCCAACUCAGUCAUACGAUUAUCGACAUGGUUGAUAAUCACGGAGAGGGAAGCCUUGAGUAUUUACGAGAGCGUGACUUUCCGCUAUCGAGUGUCGGUCUAACGUCGGUUCAUUUGGCAUAUCUCGCGGGUCAUAUUCGCCGACACUGGGGCUUCCCAAUGUCCGUCAGAGAUCUCCAACGCCCGGGAAUGAGCGUUGGCGAUAUCGAAACGUUCGUCAUGAAUGGGGAAGCCGGAUCAGUCGGCUCCUCACCACAAAGCACCAAUAUUCUGACCAAGCUACAGGCAAUGCAGCCUGUGAUCGAACUGUUCCCGCCGGCUCGCAAGUUGACAGUACUAUGCACCUCCAUCACAGGCUUCCUUGGGAGCCAAAUAUUGCGAUCGCUUCUGCAGUGCCCUGACGUGGGCCGCAUUAUUGGUAUUGUUCGCGCUGAAACCGAGGCAAAGGCCUUGGAACGAGUAAAGGAGCAGGCUAUCAUCGGAAGAUGGUGGCGAGACGCGUUUGCUUCUAGAAUCGACAUAUGGAGGGGUGAUCUGAGCAAACCAAACUUGGGACUGACACCUAGGCUGUGGCGUACGCUGAAAGGGUCGGGAGAUAUCACUAUUGAUGCCAUAAUCCACAACGGUGCCCGGGUGAACUGGAUGGACGACUUCGACACUUUGAAGCCGACAAACGUCGACAGCACAGUCGAGAUCCUCAGAGCGAUCUCGGCCAUGCCCACGCCUUGCUCACUGACAUAUAUUGGCGGUGGGUACCUUCCGUCACCAGACGAGACCAAGGAAGACAUCGCAGAGAAACUGUCGCUUGCGAGCGGAUAUGACCAAACUAAGUUCCUUGCGCGGCUGGUUCUGGAAGAGUAUAAUGCUUAUCUCGACAGAAUUAAUAAUGCGACGAUGCGCCGGGCCCAGAUCAUCCAACCUGGGUUUAUCGUGGGCACCAAGAAGGAAGGAAUCGCCCAUACGGAGGAUUUUCUUUGGCGCCUGGCAUACACUGUUCUUCAUACUGGCACGGUCAGUGAAGAAUUGCGAGGGGGGUAUAUGCCCGUGGCCGGGGUCGACCAAAUCGCAUCCUUGGCCAUUGAAAGUAUCCUUGGUCGGGAAAAGUCUGUUCAAGAGGUCAUCGACUGCAGAGAUGGUAUCCAUUUGUCUCAUUUUUGUGACAUCCUCAGCGCAAAGACCGGCAACAAGAUCCAGACAGUGCCCAACGAGAAGUGGUUGGAGAUUGUCGAAUCUGACAUUGAGAAUGCACCAUUCGAUCAUCCCUUUCUCCCGGUGCUGGACUGGUUAGAGGAGAACCAUUGGCAGUUCAGUUCGGAGGCGUGCAAGCCGCCAGAAGAGUUGUUGUUCGAUAAAAAGGAUGUUUAUGCGGCCACCGAAAAGAGUGUCGAGUAUGCGGUGGAUAUUGGCUAUCUGCCCUCAGCCACCCAUUGCUCCCAAGCUCGCAUCCCCAACGGGGUCCCUCGUUUUCGCAGAUCGAGUCGAUAG